CAGAGACUAAACCGCGCAGCUGCAGUUGCUGCAGCCCCGCCUCCCGGGUCCAUGACGUCAUCACGCAGGGACGGGGGUGGAAAAGGUCCCCUCUCGCUGGCCGUCUCCGCUCCGUUAGUUCGCCAGCGCAGGCACCGCCUACGGGCGCCUGAGCUGGACGCGCGUUGCCGAGGGAGGCAAACUGUGAGAGUCGGCGACCAGGCAUCCGCUAGGGGCAGCCCGUUGCGCCCGCUUCUCCCGCAGAAGUUCGGUGACCCCCCACGUGCUUCCUCUUCGCUCCUGGCUGGAGUCCGCCCGGCUCUGGGCGCAGUGAUAGUUUUUCACCAUGCAUCGGAAGAAAGUGGAUAACCGAAUCCGGAUUCUCAUUGAGAAUGGGAUAGCUGAGCGGCAGAGGUCUCUCUUUGUUGUGGUCGGAGAUCGAGGAAAGGAUCAGGUGGUCAUACUCCAUCACAUGUUGUCCAGAGCAACUGUGAAGGCUCGGCCUUCUGUGCUGUGGUGUUAUAAGAAAGAGCUGGGGUUUAGCAGUCAUCGGAAGAAAAGAAUGCGACAGCUGCAGAAAAAAAUAAAGAGCGGGACGCUGAACAUAAAGCAAGAUGACCCCUUUGAACUCUUCGUAGCUGCCACAAACAUUCGCUACUGCUACUACAAUGAGACCCACAAGAUCCUGGGCAAUACGUUUGGCAUGUGUGUUCUCCAGGAUUUUGAAGCUUUGACUCCAAACUUGCUGGCCAGGACUGUAGAGACAGUGGAAGGUGGUGGGCUGGUGGUUAUCCUCCUACGGACCAUGAACUCACUCAAGCAGUUGUACACGAUGACCAUGGACGUGCAUUCAAGAUACAGGACGGAGGCCCAUCAGGAUGUGGUGGGAAGAUUUAAUGAGAGGUUUAUUCUUUCUCUGGCCUCGUGUAAGAGGUGUCUCGCCAUCGAUGACCAGCUCAACAUCCUGCCCAUCUCCUCCCAUGCCGCCAGCGUUGAGGCCCUCCCUCCCCAGACCCCGGAGGAGAGUCUUGGGCCUUCUGGUCUGGAGCUGAAGGAGCUGAAGGAGAGCUUGCAGGACACCCAGCCUGUGGGCGUGUUGGUGGAGUGCUGCAAGACCCUAGACCAGGCCAAAGCUGUCUUGAAAUUCAUUGAGGGGAUCUCGGAAAAGACCCUGAGGAGUACUGUUGUGCUCACAGCUGCCCGAGGAAGGGGAAAAUCUGCAGCCCUGGGAUUGGCUAUUGCUGGGGCGGUGGCUUUUGGCUACUCCAAUAUCUUUGUUACCUCUCCGAGCCCGGAUAACCUCCACACUCUGUUUGAAUUUGUAUUUAAAGGAUUUGAUGCUCUGCAGUAUCAGGAGCAUCUGGAUUAUGAGAUCAUUCAGUCUCUAAAUCCUGAAUUUAACAAAGCCGUGAUCAGAGUGAACAUUUUCCGGGAACACAGGCAGACCAUUCAGUAUAUACAUCCUGCAGAUGCUGUGAAACUGGGCCAGGCUGAACUUGUUGUGAUCGAUGAAGCUGCUGCCAUCCCCCUCCCCCUGGUGAAGAGCCUUCUGGGGCCCUACCUUGUGUUCAUGGCAUCCACCAUCAACGGCUACGAGGGCACUGGCCGGUCUCUGUCCCUCAAGCUAAUUCAGCAGCUCCGUCAACAGAGUGCCCAGAGCCAGGUCAGCACCACCGCUGAGAACAAGACCACGAUGACCGCCAGACUGGCAUCAGUGCGAACACUGCAUGAGGUUUCCCUGCACGAGUCAAUCCGAUACGCCCCUGGGGAUGCAGUAGAGAAGUGGCUGAACGACCUGCUGUGCCUGGAUUGCCUCAACAUCACUCGGAUCAUCUCUGGCUGCCCCUUGCCUGAAGCCUGUGAGCUCUACUAUGUUAAUAGAGAUACCCUCUUUUGCUACCACAAAGCCUCUGAGAUUUUCCUCCAACGGCUUAUGGCCCUCUACGUGGCUUCUCAUUACAAGAACUCUCCUAGCGAUCUCCAGAUGCUUUCUGAUGCGCCUGCUCACCAUCUCUUCUGCCUCCUGCCUCCCGUGCCCCCCACCCAGAAUGCCCUUCCUGAAGUGCUUGCUGUCAUCCAGGUGUGCCUCGAGGGGGAGAUUUCUCGCCAGUCCAUCUUGAACAGCCUGUCUCGAGGCAAGAAGGCUUCGGGGGACCUGAUUCCAUGGACAGUGUCGGAACAGUUCCAAGACCCAGACUUUGGCGGCCUUUCGGGUGGAAGAGUGGUUCGCAUUGCUGUUCACCCGGAUUAUCAAGCGAUGGGCUAUGGCAGCCGAGCCCUGCAGCUGCUGCAGAUGUACUAUGAGGGCAGAUUCCCUUGUCUCGAGGAAAAGGUCCUGGCGCCCUCGCAGGAAAUGCACACCGUCAGCAGUGAGGCGGUCAGCUUGCUGGAAGAGGUCGUCACUCCCCGGAAGGACCUGCCUCCCUUACUUCUCAAACUGAACGAGAGGCCUGCCGAGCACCUGGACUACCUGGGGGUGUGCUACGGCUUGACCCCCAGGCUCCUCAGGUUCUGGAAACGAGCUGGCUUUGUCCCUGUUUAUCUGAGACAGACCCCGAAUGACCUGACCGGAGAACACUCGUGCAUCAUGCUAAAGACGUUGAUGGACGAGGAUGAGGCCGACCAGGGUGCCUGGCUCUCUGCCUUUUGGAAAGAUUUCCGAAGGCGAUUCCUAGCCCUGCUGUCCUACCAGUUCAGCACCUUCUCUCCUUCCCUGGCCCUGAACAUCCUUCAGAACAGGAACAUUGGGAAACCCGUGCAGCUGGCCCUGUGCCGGGAGGAGCUGGAAGCACUCUUCCUCCCCUAUGACCUGAAGAGGCUGGAGAUGUAUUCACGGAACAUGGUUGACUAUCACCUCAUCAUGGACAUGAUCCCGGCCAUCUCCCGGCUGUAUUUCCUGAACCAGCUGGGAGACCUGGCCCUGUCUGCUGCCCAGUCGGCUCUUCUCUUGGGGAUUGGCCUGCAGCACAAGUCUGUGGACCAGCUGGAAAAGGAGAUCGAGCUGCCCUCAGGCCAGUUGAUGGGACUUUUCAACCGGAUCAUCCGCAAGGUUGUGAAGCUGUUUAAUGAAGUGCAGGAGAAGGCCAUCGAGGAGCAAAUGGUGGCAGUGAAGGCCGUGGUUAUGGAGCCCACGAUGAAGACGCUGAGUGACGACCUGGACGAAGCAGCAAAGGAUUUCCAGGAGAAACACAAGAAAGAAGUGGGGAAGCUGAAGAACCUGGACCUCGCUCAAUACAUAAUCCGUGGGGACGAUGAAGAAUGGAAUGAAGUUUUGAACAAAGCCGGGCAGAAUGCCUCGGUUGUCAGCCUGAAAAGGGACUCCUGCUAAGGAGAAGUUCACUGUCUUCUUUGGCUGCCGACAGCCUGGAGCAGGCAGCGGACGAGAGGCGCCCCAUGCUCCGGAGCAGCGGCCCGACGAGGAGGCCCGGCCGCCGGGGCAAGUGAGGUGACCAGACACACCCCCAUUUCUGUUCUAGUCCUCCUGGCCCCUUGGAGAAUGUCUGAUGUUUUUCUAUUUAUUUAAGUGCCUGCUUUAGAGCGUGUUUCUGCUACACGCAGGCUCAAAAGGGUCCCACCCCUCCCUUAUCUCACCUUCCCUUCAACCGUCUGCCCCCCAAAGAGAGAAAAUAUGGCUGAGCUCCCGUCUGGAGCCAGGUGCUGACUAGAUCUUGCCUCUUAGGCUGCGUGCUUGACUGAGGCACGUCCUGCAGGGCUGGGGGACUUGUGGGGAGGGUGGACACGGACCUCUGCGAGGGAUCCCCUGCAGGUGGCGAGUGCUGGGGAGGGACCACCCCGCAAGCUCCCUCAGGGGCCUCGGACCAGGAGGAUGGUGCUGAGGGGCGCGUCUCCUCCCCAAGGCCCCCAGAGGGCGCCAUGGUCCGUGCUGAGCCCUCUCCCCACAGAGGCCAGGGCCCCAGGCUGCCCUGCCUGGGCUCCACCAAGCAAAGCCCACAGCAGGCCUUUCCCGGGACUGACCCCGUGCGGUCUUCACGUUGUCCCCCAGCUCCUGAGUCCUGGCCUGUCGGUCACCGAACCACAGCCACUCCAGUCAGUGUUCCCAGCGGCCUUAGGAAUUUCUCUGCCUGCUGCAGGCAGGAAACAUUUUUCAAAGCCUUUAUUUCUGCCUGGACUUCACACCUAAGACAAACUACAGCCGACCCCAGAAAACCCUUGGGCUUGAGUCACUGGCUUCCGGUCCUCCCUGCAUUAACAGGUAACACAGCCAGCUUGGGCUCAGCAGGGUCCCUCCUCAGGCCCCCCUCUUCCUGUGCUGAGCCACACAGAUUUUGACUGUGUGAGGGAGGGUUUGCAAACAACUAUCCCAGCAGCCCCCUGCAUCAGGGGUGUGGGGAACCUGGCCUCGGGGCAGAUCAGCAAAGCCCUCUGGCAGCUGUCUUUCUAAACAGUUUUAAGUAUAGUUGAUUUACAAUGUUAAUUUCUGCUCUACAGCAAAGUGAUUCAGUUAUAUAUAUAUAUAUAUAUAUAUAUAUCCUUUUUUGUAUUUUCCAUUAUGGUUUAUCAUAGGAUAUUGAAUCUAGUUCCUGUGCUGUUCAGUAGGACCUAGUUGUUGAUGUCUUCUGUAUAUAAUGCUUUGCGUCUGCUAAUCCCAAACUCCCAGUUUACCCCUCCCCCACAGCCCUCCCCCGUGGCAACCACAGGUCUGUGCUCUGAGUCCAUUUCAUAGAUACGCUCAUUUGUGUCGUAUUUUAGAUUCCACAUAUAAGUGAUAUCAUAUGGUAUUUGUCCUUCUGUGUCUGACUUCACUUAGUACGAUAAUCUCUAGGUCCAUCUGUGUUGCUGAGUUCUUUUUCAUGGCUGAGUAAUAUUCCAUUGUAUGUAUGUUCCACAUGUUCUUUAUCCAUCUGUCCAUGGACAUUUAGGUUGUUUCCAUGUCUUGGCUAUUGUAAAUAGUGCUGCUGUGAACAUAGGGGUGCAUGUAUCUUUUUGAAUUAUAGAUUUUUUUGGAUAUAUACCCAGGAAUGGGAUUGCUGGGUCAUAUGGCAACUCUGUGUUUAGUUUUUGAGGAACCUCCAUACUGUUCUCCAUAGUGACUGUACCAAUUUACAUUCCCACCAACAGUGUAGGAGGGUUCCCUUUUCUCCACACCCUCUGCAGCAUUUAUUGUUUGUAGACUUUUUGAUGAUGGCCAUCCUGACGGGGUGAGGUGGUACCUCAUUGUAGUUUUGAUUUGCAUUUCUCUAAUAAUUAGCAUCUUUUCAUGUGCCUACUGGCCAUUUGUAUGUCUUUGGAGAAAUGUCUCUUUAUGUCUUGUGCCCAUUUUUCGAUUGGGUUCUUUGUUUUUUGAUAUUGAGCUGUAUGAGCUGUUUGUAUAUUUUGGAAAUUAAGCCCUUGUUGGUCACAUCAUCUGUGAAUAUUUUCUCCCAGUCUGUAGGUUGUUUGUUUCAUCGAUGGUUUCCUUUGCUUUGCAAAAGCUUAUUAAGUUUGAUUAGGUCCCAUUUGUUUAUUUUUGCUUUUAUUUCUGUUGCCUUGGGAGACUGACCUAAGAAAACAUUGGUAUAAUUUAUGUCAGAGAAUGUUUUGCCCAUGUUCUCUUUUAGGAGUUGUAUGGUGUCAUGUCUUAUAUUUAAGUAAGUCUUUAAGCCAUUUUGAGUUUAUUUUUGGGUAUGGUGUGAGGGUAUGUUCUAACUUCAUUGAUUUGCAUGCAGCUGUCCAGCUUUCCCAACACCACUUGCUGAAGAGAUUGUCUUUUUUCCACUGUAUAUUCUUGCCUCCUUUGUUGAAGAUUAAUUGACCAUAGGUGAGUGGGUUUAUUUCUGGGCUGUCUGUUCUGUUCCACUGAUCCAUAUGUCUGUUUCUGUGCCAACACCAUGUUGUUUUAAUUACUGUAGCUUUGUAGUAUUGUCUGAAGUCUGGGAGGGUUAGGCCUCCUGCUUUCUUUUUCCUCAGGAUUGCUUUGGCUAUUCUCGGUCUUUUGUGGUUCCGUAUAAAUUUUAGGAUUAUUUGUUCCAGUUCUGUGAAAAAUCUGACAGCUGUCUUAUUCCUGGCAUUGUGUUCCCGUCCUUCCAGUCCAGCUCAGUGGCACUUAAGUGCUUAACGAAUGGGAACACACCUACCCCAUUUGACAAAACAGGAAAACUAAGGCCCAGUGAGGGCUGGACCCAGGCUCGGGUACUAAAUAGGGUAGGACAGGGGUUGGCAGGUGGCCACAGCACAGCUUCCAGCAGGGGUUCUUUCCCUCUGAGACAUGAGUGCCCCAAGUAACCAGGGAAUCAGCUCUGGGUUCUCUUCCUGGUCCUAAAUGGGCUCCUGCCCAGCUCUGAACUUUGGGUAACCCUCUAUCAGGAGCCAUGAGGCCAAGGUCAUUGUUAACAAGUGUUUAUUGUUAAUAAAACCAUAGUACAUUUACAAUAAGUGACAACAUUAAUAUAUAGUUACAGUAUCGUACAAUAUUACAGCAAUAAAAUAACGCCUAUUCCUUUGUACAUCCAGCUCAAGCAGCUAGUUGAAAAUAUUUUCCACGGUUGCAAGCCCCCAGGGGUUUUUCAAGGUGACCGAAGUGACACCUCCUAAAGUGCCUGGGGCUUCUGGUGAAUAAAUAGUUUCUAAGGUACGGCCAGACAGCUGAAGGCGACAUCCAGCACAAGCUGUCCAGAAGGUGCCCCCAGUGUCUGGCCCAUAAAUACGACAAGGGUCUAGGCCCAACGAUGUGUCUCCACCCCAGGGGAGCCUGGAGCCUGCAGAAUGUCAGGGGCAGGUAGCGGGGAAGAAGUAGAAGGGCCUCCUCUCCCAGUCCUUCCCUUCCACCCCUGCCCCGUCCUUUAAGUCCCUAAGACCCGCAGUUCCCAGUGGGAAGUGUGGGCCCUGCUCUCCAAUCCAAAUUAAAGGACUUUUUCACUGGAGAAACUGGACCAGGGGGGCCGUUUGGGGCUCUGCCUCCGGAGCCCACAGAGGCAGCCUAAUUCUAGGCUUGGGAUUUCAGCAUCGACCCUGAAAACAGCAGCAACAAAAGCUGAGGCCACCAGGCUCCUCCACUGUACCCCACGCCACUCUUGGCUCAGACCAAAAGCGUUAAAGGCGUUCAGGGGAACGAACUGCCUUCUGCCAACCACUCUCUGAGCAGGACGGCGACUCCCCCCGCACUGGCCCGACCCCGACUCCAAAGGAGGCCAGACACCAAGAGAACGGACUCCAAGUGACCCUCUGUGCACGAUCCCCGGCCCCCUGGAGGCCCACGCGUCUUUCAAAGGCACAGCCCUGAAUAAAUAAGUUCAGGGUUUGGGCAGCCUUUCGGACGUGACAUUGAGGGAAAAUACCAAGUUUUGACUGAAAUGGCCCGGGGCCCAGACAGAACAUACGUUCUGUACACUCAUAAGGAUGCCCACACCCCCGAAGAGCCCCAGUUUGGACAGUCUGAGCUGCCUGAGGCCCCAGGGGGAGGGCACGAUCUGAAGCUGUGUCGAGCAGAGCUGAAUCAGGAUCACGUGAGGGUGAGUGCAUGGCGGCCCUCAAGGUGCGAGCCGUAGGUGUCGGGGAGGGGUUGGGGGAAGAGCCACCUUUUGGCCACACCUGCCCUUGGCCCAUCACUGGUUGAGCCAGUGGUUAGUUCUGGGCCUGCCCAGGUCUGGCUCCAAGAGGGCCUGUAACCAGCCUCCACCCAGCAGCGCCCCAGCGUGUCCACAGGCCCCGGCUACGUGCUGGCCCAGGCACCCCGGGAAGCACUUGCUCCCGGCCCUUCCCACCCGCUAGGAUGCCUGGCAGACAGAGCCUGGCCCAGAGCCAGCCAUCCCCCAACCUCACACACGUGAGGUGACGUAGAGAGAGUGCACGCGCUCCGCCAGGGUGCUCUGCAGGUCCUGCAGGGGGUCCAGGCCCUGCACUUUGCUGCUGCGGCCAUAGAUGAGCUGCCGGAAGGAGUCCUGCUCGAGCAGGGCCUUCAUGUGCUUGAGGAAGAAGCCCUCACAGAACAGGGCCAGUUCGGGGGCGCUGUGGAUCUGUGGGGCAGGGAGAGGGAGGGGGUGAGACCCACUGUGUCAGCACAGCCCUGCCUGAAACCUCCCCCUACCCUCACCUCCAAAUAGUACCCAUGGGCUAAGGCCCAGCUUCAAGCCUCAACCUGGGGGAGGCAUGUCCUAUCUCUUGGGGUGACUGGCCCCUUAUCUGAAUUCCUUCCAUAAGCCUCUCCUUGGGGUUAGACUGAUCGGGGUUCAAAUCCCAGCCGUGCCACCAGGAACAUCCCUGAAAUCUUGUUCUUGGCCUAGGUCCCACUGGUGAUGGCUUGUUGAAUGCCAGUCAUCCCUAUUGGAUUGGCAGCUCCCUCACUAAGGGCAGGGACUGCCCACUGUGGUAUGUCCAGCACAAGGCCCAGCACACGAGUGUUCACCUGGUAAACGCUCAGUAACUAUUUCAGGUCAACAAAUACGGAGUGCCCGCUCUGGGCCAGGUGCUGGGCACAGGCCUCGAGGCCCAGGUCUGCGAUGCUGUCUCAGAGCUGAUGUUCCAGUUCAGGAAGACAGGGAAGCCAAGGAACCAACCAGGCCAGGAAACCACAGACUGUGGUCAGUGCUGUGAGGACGUGAGAGUGGGUGAAGGGGCAGAGAGGUGUGUGACUUGGGGGAGGCCUGGGGAAAUCAACAGGGCUUGGGAAGAGCUUUACCGGAGGGGAGGGGACAGUGAUCGCAGGAGUUCUGCGGUGGGAAUGAGUUGAGAGACGUGGGCCGCGUGGCUGGGUGAAGGCAGAGGGGCGGCAUCAGAAGGGGAGAUGUGGACAGGGUCCUGGGGCCCACGUAAUGGGCGACAGAUAAGGGCUGGAUUAUUUAGUUUGCAGUGGAAAACCUUUGGAGGGUUUACGUAGGGGAGUGACACGGUCUUUACACUUUUCCAAGAGUCUUGUGGAUUGCAGGGUGAAAGCCAGGAAGUGUGGAGGCCAGGCCAGCAGUUGUCCACGAGAGGGGACAAUGGAGAUGGAGGGAAGGGGAGGGACUGCUGAUGUGUUUCAGGAGCGUUUCUAGAUGUGGCAGAUGACCAUGGUGUUUGCUGAGAGGAGGAAGAAUAAGGAGGGCCGUGCCGGGAAGAAAAUCAAGUAGUGCCUGGGGAGCUGAUUUGACUCAGAGAGGCUCAGCUCCUUGGCCCAGGUCUCACAGCCUGGCGCAGCACGGCUGGGAUGGGAACUGAGAUCCACCCGGCUCACAGCUCAGCUCCCAGGCUGCGAUGCUGCCCCACUGGGCAGCAGUGACGCCAGGCCACAGAGGGACUUACAGUGCCCUUCAAAGCUGCCUGGCCACCUGCAUUUUCUAGCCAGGCAACAGUGGAGCAGAGUGUGUGUUGGGAGGCAGCUGGCGGGCAUCAGGGCUCCUCACCUUGGCAUACUUGUAGGUGUUCACGGCGCUCUCCACGCUCAGGGUCUGGGAGCACAGGAUCUCGCAGUGCCGCUGCAGGGCGUCCAGCUGGAACAAGCUGGCAGCUGACAGCAGCUGGCAGGAGGCAAAGGAGGCCGUGGGUAUGCAUGGCCAGGUCUGCGGCCCAGGCAUCACGGAACAGACCGCUGCUUUGUGCUGUGUGCUCCGCUUCCUCCCGACCUCCAGGGCCCUCCCCCGCUGCCAGUCAAGUCUGGCGGCCUAGAUUUAUUUCUACUCUAGGCUCUCUACGUACUGGCUGGGACACCUCGGGUGGCACCGGAUGGGUGACAGACGCUGCUUGGGAUUUCUGACGUCAGGAGGCCUUCAACUACAAGCUGCCUGCUCACCUACUUCUAGCCAGGUGCACGGCCAGCAGUGGGUCCGUUCUCUGAGCAGUGACCUGGUGAGGGGAAGGCCUCGCUGCCUUCUGAUCCUCCUGGGCCUUCCGUCCUCAGGGGUGGCCCUCUCUAACCCCGAGGUGUGGCCCGGGAGGCCGGGCUCCGUGGGUGCACAAUUUCCCACUCUCUUGGGAUGGUGCUUCCCGUCGCCAGAAGAGCAAGGACCAGCAGGGAACCAGGAGGUCCUUACAGAGGCCACCUUCCUUCCCUCCUCAUCUCUUCAAGUGCUGUGUUUCUGAGAGCGGGGUUGAGACCUGGAAGAUGUCGCAGGCCGGGGACACAGGCAUGGCGGGACUGGGGGCCAGGCUCAUGGCCUCCCUGCUCCUCCCCCUGGGGCCGGGCAGACCGGCCAGGUCCUCACCUCCAGGAUAUCGCCGGUGGGGAUGUCCAUGGAUUCUGUUCCCCCGUAGUACAGAUACUGCAUCAUCAUCUGUAGGGAGGAGAGGCCCGGUGUGAGCGCCAGAUGGACCCACAGCACCGAAGUCCUCACCCGGCACCCCUGGAGUGCCACUCCAGCCGCUGCCGGCCUCCUGGUGCCCCCUGACCUCUGUGUGCUGACAUCUGCACCUCCCCCGACUCUCGUCAGACAUUUUUGUGUUUUCCCUGGAAUGCGUGUGGCAAGCUUCCUUCCACAGAGUGGUUUCACGUCAAUCCUCACGACAGACCUGUGAGCCCAGGAGGGCAGAUACUACUCACAGCUGGGGAAACUGAGGCCAGGGAGGGGGGGCUGACCCCCCUCCCCAGAACCCUUCCAGCUCACCACCAGGCACCAUGCCGCUCGUUUCUCCUUUUACCGAAAUUCUAAGUCUGGGGCUGGGAGAGGGGGAGGUGGGGCUCUGAGGGGGUGACUGUCUGACGGGCCACCCUCAGGAUCCCAACUCCUGAUCUCCCUGUCGGCGCUAGGCCUCCAUGUGGCGGUGACAGCCAGAUCCCGACUCCCUCCUGGAAAGUAAGUUGCAGAGCUGGGACAGGGAUCUGGUCCAGAGGUCACCCUGCUGACCAGCCCAGGACCUUCAGGAUUCUUGGGAGCAGAGGGCCCUGGGACGCCACAUGAGGUGGCCUGUGGGGAGGGAGGCUAUAUUUUAGUUCCACUGAGGUCUGAGUUACAAGCUCUGCCAUCAUGCUGGACACUGGGGAGUUUCCCAGUUGGAAAAAGAAAAAUGAUUCUCCCUGGUUGGCUGAAGAAAUGGCCCCAGCAAGGAGCUGGCAAGUGUGUAAGUAAACAUGGCUCCAGCCAGCACAGUCAGGCUCUGUUAGGACUGGCCCCCAGGCUGGAAGCGGCACCAGAGGGAAGGAGCCCAACCUGGGGGAGGUGGGGAGUGGGGAGGGCCCACCAGCCUCAUCCAGGCCCAAGGCCUGUCCAGGAGACAUCAGUCUCUCCGCCUCAGAGGAGCGGGGGCCCCCGAAGGCCUUCCCCAGCCCCUGCUGGAGCUCACGUGGCGAUCCUACAGUUACACGUAUGUGUCCAUGUGUCCCACGGCUCCAGGUGAUACCGGGCCCACACCUGGCUUCCUCUGCCAUCCCCAUGCAGCUGAGUGGGUGCUGACCACAGCACCAGCAGGACAGCCCUGAACGCCCAGGGCUGAGAGUGGGGUAGGUCACAUUUGCAGGGAUUCUUUGCUAAGGGAUGGCCUCAGGGCAGCCCCUAGGUGAGAAGGGGCCCAGGGAUAGAGGCUCGGAGACAGGUGACAGCCUGCAGCUCCCCUUUCUGGCCUGGAAGGCAGCCUCCUGCUGCAUUUGGUAGCUGGUUUUGGCCAGGCCCAGGCAUCUCCCUGAGGUCACCUGAAUGCACACGAGUCCACAGGAGUCAGAGCAGAACUGCCCUUUUGGAGGCUGGCUGAGGGAGCUGGGCUGCUGGCGGGCAGCCUGUGGGGCUGGACUGGCCGCCCUGUGAGCAGCUGUCAGGACCGGCUGCAGGGGCUGCCAGGCUUCCUCCUGCCCAGAGUGGGCCACCAGGAAUGUGACCACAGGGAGGCCACUGAUGCUGCAGGGACAGGCCUGGGGUCAAGAGCCACGUCUCAAUGGCAGGGCUCUCCCCCAAAGGACUGGGUUUAGUCGGCAGUGACCUUGGCAAGUGUCUAGACCGGUGCUAAUGCAAUAGCCACUGGCCAUGUGUAGCUUUUGAGCAUUUGAAACGUGGCUGCUCUGAGUUAACACGUGUUGUGUCAGAGCUGGAUUUUGAACACUUAGUGUGAAAAAAAGAAUGUAAAACAUUUCAUUAAUUUUUUAUAUGUUGAAAUGACACUAUUUUGGCUAUAUUAAGUUAAAUAAUAUUAAAA